AUGAGUCAAAAACGAAAGAAACCUGAAGUUGGUACUAGUAGUACUCUUCUUAAGUAUGUUAGUAUUAAACCAAAAAUUUCAACUAUCAAUGAACCGCCCAGUCCUCAAAAACUUUUUGCUUCACCGUCACAGUCAACAUCUGAUAUUGUUGUUUUACAAAAUGUGUGGGUCCCAGAUAAUAACUAUAAUUUUCCUAAUCAACAAAUUGGCAAUCAAAAAAGAAAAUUUAAUAUACCAUGGUUAACUAAAUACAAAUGGUUAACAUAUUCAAAAAUUGAAGAUAGUGCUUUUUGUAAAUUUUGCGUAUUAUUUUCACCUUCUGAGGCUGGUUAUAGUUCAAACCAAUCACUUCAUACGUUUAUUAAAAAGGGGUACAAUAAUUGGAAAAAAGGCUUAGAAAAAUUCGAAAAACACGGAAGUUUAAAUUAUCAUAAAGAAGCUAAUUUAAAAGCUGACCAUUUUAUGGAUGUCAUGUUAGGAAAAAUAUUAUCGGUUGAUAAACAAAUUGACAAAUUUCAUCACCAACAGACUUUAGAGAAUCAAGAAAAACUUAAACCGAUAAUAAAAACAAUUAUUUUGUGUGGACGACAAUGUCUACCACUUAGGGCACAUCGAGAUUACGGAACGUUUAAUAUAGAUCAAGAGCCCGAAUGCAACGAAGGUAAUUUUCGAACGUUACUUAGGGCACGAAUUGAUUCAGGAGACACAAAUUUAAAACAACAUUUAAUGACUUGCGGAAAAAAUUCAACGUAUAUUAGUUGGAACAUUCAAAACCAAAUAAUAGAUGCUUGCGAUGAAGUAAUUUUAACAAAACUUGUAACUAAAAUUAACAACGCUAAAUGGUUUACUAUACUCGCUGACGAAACGUCUGAUAUUUCCUCUAUUGAACAAUUCGCAUUGUGUAUAAGAUAUAUUGAAUCAAUCGAUGUAAACAAUUUUAAAAUAGUUGAAAAUUUUUUAAAAUUUGUACCAGUAGAAUCAACUUCGGGUCAAAAUUUAGCAGAUGUACUUUUAACAACAUUGAAUUCAUGUGGUAUUAAUAUAAAUUAUUUACGCGGACAAGGCUACGAUGGGGCUGCAGCGAUGAGUAGCAAAUUUAAAGGUGUCCAAGCGCGUAUAAUAGAAAAAUAUCCAACUGCACUCUAUGUACAUUGUGUUUCACACAGCUUGAAAUUGACUUUACCUCCAAUACUAGGUUAUCCAUAA